GCUCACCCAGUCUCAGCCAUGGACAAGAAGGACUGCUCUGCCAGCCAGAGUUGGGACAGUCUCCUCAAAAUGUGUGUCUCCGGCAAAACGGACCCCACGACCAAGACGGCGUGCUCUGCCGGCCAGAUGUUGGACAAACACACCAACAAGUGUGUCUCCAGCAAAACGGAAACCGGGGUCAAGAAGAUUUGUUCUGCUGGCCAGACGUGGGACGAGCUCAUCGGCACCUGUCUCCACAGCAAGACGGAAACCAGACCCGAGCCUGACCGACCAACAGAGCCGCCGCUGCAGGCUGAUGUAAACCAGGUGAGAGUCAUAGCCCCCGUUCCCCAGGCCGACCCCAUGCUGAUGCUGAGUCCGGCUCUGUGGAUCUUCGUGGUGCUGGCCACCAUGGGGUCCAUCUUGGCUCUGGCUCUCUGGUUCAUCAUAUACAGACGAGAGACCAGACAAGGCAGCACCUCAGAGGAUGCAGAACCAGGGCUGGAGCCUCUUCAGAAAACGAUCCACCCGCCGCCCUCAGAGAGAAACGGUCAGGCGCAGAUGUUUCAACGAGCAGCAGAGGCCCCGUGGUCCUGUCCUCACCUGCACCUGGGGGCCCAAACAGGCUCGAAGUGGGAGGAUUGCAGUGGGAUCAUUGCUUGCAGGGGCCUUGCAAAGCAUGCUGGGAAAGAGGCGGGCGAAGGGCUGCCUGCUUGCAGCAGAGUGAGGGGGCACAAGAUCCCACUUCCUGCCACAGAGCUCGGUGGAACUGCAUUAGUUACAACAAAAACUGUAUAGGGCUGUGUGUGUGUGUGUGUGUGUGUGUGUGUGUGUGUGUGUGUGUGUGUGUGUGUGUGUGUGUGUGUGUGUGUGUGUGUGUGUUCUCACAGACUUCUCUUCACUGCCUGUUCUGUGCACAUUGUGCUCAGUGUGUUGAAAUUCAACUUUUGGAUAUCUGUCUUUUCUACCAUGUUUUUAUGGUUUUUAAAUAAUAUUAUUUUUACAGCUGUUGUUUUAUUUCUCUUCACUUGCUUGAAAAAAAAAAAAGAAUUUAUGAUGUACAUCUGUGUUCAGUAAUACCAUGUAAGACUGUGUAUAGUUUAAAAACUAAGAAACUGCUCUGA